AUGGCCGAAGAUGACUAUGAGCUGGACUCUUACCAGCUGUACCUUCGAUAUGAAGAAAGCCCACCGAAAGAAGACUGGAGAAAAGCCGCGCUUCGCGGACCGGCUUUGCCGACAAUAGGAAAUGCUGUUGCUGGUGCCGUUGGCGCUGCGGCGUCGAAUCUCGCGACUUACCCGCUAAGCCUUAUCAUAGCAAGAUUGCAGACUCAGAAGCAGAGGGGACGGAAAGCGAGCGAUGGCGAGAAAGCCGAUGAUGAAGAAGAGUAUGCGGGGAUCUUGGAUGCGGCGCGGAAAAUAUACGCGAAAGAAGGGAUCAGCGGUCUUUAUUCUGGCCUUGCGCAAGACACGGUCAAAAGCGUGCUCGAUGCAUUCUUGUUCUUCUUAGCGUACGAGUUCUUCAGGCAGCGGAGGAUUGCGGCGAGAUUUGGUUCGAGGCGGAGGUCGAAGCAUACGGGUUUGCCUGUCCUUGAUGAAUUGGCCAUUGGGGUGUUGGCCGGCGCUUUCUCGAAGUUUUUCACGACGCCAUUAUCAAAUAUCGUGGCAAGGAAGCAGACGUCGGGGACUUCAGCAAGCUCGUCGCAAAUUGCGUCGAAGAUUCGGUCGGAGAAGGGAUUUGGAGGUUUCUGGUCAGGGUAUUCGGCUGCUCUUAUCCUCACGCUAAAUCCGUCAAUCACGUUCUUGCUUAACGGAAUGCUCAAGUCAAUUCUUCGUCGGAACAAAGGCCAGCCGUCAGCUGCAGUGACCUUUUUGUUAGCAGCGCUCAGCAAGUCCGCAGCGUCCUCGAUCACAUACCCCUUCUCAAUGGCCAAGACUCGCUCUCAGGUAUCAGACUCCGGUUCGAGUUCCGGCAAUGAUGGAGCGAAGGAAAACAACAAUGACUCCGAUGGGAUUUUCUUCGUACCGUCAAUAAUAUCGAACGUCAUCACCAUAGUUCGGACUGAGGGAGUCUCAGAGCUAUAUGCCGGCCUCCGCGGGGAAGUUCUGAAAGGCUUCUUCUCUCAUGGUUUCACUAUGCUUGCAAAAGACGCCGUAUAUGCUGGAAUAGUGCGCGCGUAUUACCUCAUUCUCAUUCUCAGCAAGCGCUAUCCCAGCCCAGAGGAGUUGCUUGAGAGAGCUCGAGAACGGGCUGAGGAAUAUGCCGAGGCGGCUCGAGAAGGCGCAAAGGAUCUCGCAGAGAAGGCAAAGAGCGGGACAGAAGAGAUUCUGGAUAGUCACACUGGAAGCGCAGCAGUUGACAUGACGUCCAAUACGACCCCGGUUGAUGUUGAUGCACUGGGAUCGAAUGAGACGGCGGAGAUGGUCGGGGACUAUGUUGAGGACGAGGCGAGGGAGUGGAAGAGUCUGUACCACUGGUUCUGGGAGAAGGAGAAGCUCGGUAAAUCAUGA